AUGACGAGAAUGGAGGUAAAGAGUGGAACUAAUACUUCUUUCUGGUUUGAUAGUUGGUCUUCUUUGGGAAAUCUUAUUGAGUUUGCUGGAGAAAGGGGAACUAUGGAUCUUGGCAUUCCUAUAAAUAGCACAGUGGAGCGGGCUGUUCAAUUAUAUCGAGUGAAAAGGCAUCGAGUUACUCAUCUCCAGUUGAUUGAAAAUGAAGUAUUGGCUCUUAAAAAUAGAGGGCUCAAUGAAGAAGAGGAUAUUUGCCUUUGGAAAAGAGAGAAUGGGGAGUUCAGAGAAGGGUUCUCUACAUCUCAAACUUGGAACAUUAUAAGAAUGAAGUCACCGAAGGUAAGCUGGUUCAAAGGGGUUUGGUUUUCUGAAGCAACACCAAAAUUCACCUUUCUUGCUUGGUUAGCUGUUCAUAAUCGUUUAGCAACAGGGGACAGGAUUCUUAACUGGAAUCCUCAGGCGAUAGUGACUUGUUGGCUGUGUAAUACAGAGAUUGAAACAAGAGAUCACCUCUUUUUUGGAUGUUGCUAUUCGAAAGAAGUGUGGUUGGGCACAAUAAAAAAUCUGGUAGGGAAUGGAAGGGUUUCUGACUGGUCAAGGGUGCUUCAAGUAGUGGUAAAUGGAGUUCGAGGGAGGGUCAGGACAUUCCUAUUACGCUAUUGUUUUCAGGCUGUUGCUUAUGCAAUAUGGCGUGAAAGAAAUGUGAGAAGAGUUGGUGAAGGAUCACAGACUGCUUCAUGCCUUAUUACUCGGUUGGACAAGAUGAUCAGAAACAAAAUCACCUCUCUCAAGAGGAAGAAGGGAGAACAAUUUGAGAAAGCUAUGGAGUUGUGGUUUGAAAGAAGUUCAUAG